AUGUCAUCGCCCACGUUGAAACCGGCGGCGCAACCCGCCCCUCGCCGUCAGGAUCAACCGCCAUGUUCACCCAAGUAUCCGCGACAUGGCGCUUCCUCCACCCCGGAUGCAAGUGCGCAGCAGACAAAUCACAGCCACACCCACGGCGCCCUGCCACUCUCCUUCCGACUCCCAUUUCAGACCAAGUCGACUUCGGCCAGCCUUGUGCCCUCCGUCGCCGAGGGUCGCCCCAUCCAGGUCGACGACAGCACCGCCGAGCAUCGCACCGAAGCCUUGCGUGAACUCAACAGCCACUACCCGAGCCGCCAUCGAUAUGCCAAAUCCACUGGCGCUGAGAAUACCACCUACUCGGAACCCGUCAUUGUUCGCAGCUACUACCGACCUCCACCCAACAGAGUGAAGCGCUUGCCCCACGGAACUGGCGGCGGCGGCAGCAGCAGCAGCAGUGCUGGCAUCAUAGUUGUUUGCAAUGGCCACAGCACCGCCGCCUCGGUCAACGGGUCCGUGGCUUCGCGAACCAGGACAUCCCCUCUGGCUGGCAAGGUCGCUUCGGCCAGCAGCGGCAUGCUCAGCAUCAUGGCUCGCGCGCGCGGCCUCCACCCACAAUUCGGCCAUCGCCCGCCUCCAGAGGACGCCAAGUUGCCACCGAUUGAAGCUUUCUCAUUCAAAAGCUUCCUCGAAAGCAUGAACGAGCAGGACAACACCGCCACCGGCAGUGAUAUCAAUGCAGACCUAGAUAGGAUAGCCGAGAUAUGCGCCCGGUCACGAUACUCGCUAAGCAACCAGUACGAAGUGCACUACGGACCGCACGGCUCCAGUCACGCAUUCAUGGCAGGGGGACGUUCUGGACCAGAAAGCCAGGGGCCGACGCUGCAAGCCGUCACCUCCGACGAUGAGACCAGCACAACAACAGAGCGACAACGGCGACUGGGCGGCCGCAGAAAUAGUCGCGCGAUGGGCACUCUUGAGACCAUCAUGUCUUCCAGUCGCUCGUCCGACGAUGAUCACUCCAAGAAGAAGUCGGCAGCCGAGCUCGCCGAUGACGUGCGCGGGCGGGCAUCGACCAAGACGUCUCACCACACCUCGCCCGCUGGCUCGACAGCCAGCGUGCGACAAGCACGCACGCCCCAAGACCCUUCCCAGCAACGACCUACCGUCCGGCGCACGCCUUCCUCGUCGCUUGCGCUCAUUGACACCGCCAGCAAGACGACAGCGGCCGCUCCAUCCGUGCCCACCACCGCUUACGCAGCAGCCUCCCACCUAGCGUCUAUUGUCUCUCUGGCUGGCGAUCCCGCGCUGCCGCAGUCCUGCACCAGCAACCUUCAAGUCUACACCGCCAGCUCCUCUGCCGCUGACGCAAUCUCGGCAGCAAAUAUGGUCUCGGGCGGCGGCCCGCACCCCACCCCGACGGACCGGGGCGUCAAACCACUGCUGUCCCGCCCCGCCGCCAACGGCGUCGCCGUCUCCUCGGUCGAUGGUGCCACCGCGACGGGCCUGCUCUCCGCGCUCGCGGGAUGGAUUCCGUGGAGUAGCAACAGCAGCAGCGGCGCCGCCCCGCCUCCGCCGCGACAGGAUCGCGCUACUGGCAGCCUGCGCAGCCUCCUGAACAUGGCAGAUGACGGUCCACAUCACGAGGAGCAGUGA